AUGUCCGCUGAUUUGCCUGACAAUCCCCCUACAUGGUUCAUUCUGCAUACUCUCGAGCGACUCUUGCAGUCUGAAAAUCUUACUUCCAAGGUCAACAUCCAGGAAACUGACGUUAGCGUUUUGUGCACACCCAAGCGAUAUCUAGAAUCCGAACGCGAUACCACAGUCUACGAUCUGCAGUCCGGCGCUCUUGCCUAUCUCGAUGUGCAAAGAUUCGCCUCCGACUUCAUCGAACUUUUCCCGUCUUCCCAAGUCGCAUUGUCUUACUUCCAGCAACUCUCAGGCAUUGAGGUAAUAGACUCUUUCGCUGUAUCACUGAUCUGGAUCUCCAGGUUAGAGCAAGAUUGCGUACGCAUCCUUGAACAAGAAGGUUGUACCCUUGAUGUCACCGAAGUGAUUGGCUCCCGUCUUCCACCAACUAUAAGGGAGCAGGUGGCCGGCCGAGCCAAGAACUCUAUUGUCGCUCACUUCUCCGAGACCACUGGAGGGCUGAAGAUAGUGCGCGUCGGCACUCUGAUACUCACUGAAAGGCGCCGAGACGGAGCACUCGACGAGCUCGCUGGCUACGCAAAAGAAGCUGCAAAGGCACAAUGGCAAAGUCUACACGACGAUCCAACCCUAGUGGAAGACGUGAAAUUUACUCGAGACAAGAUCAAAGACAUGAUUCCUCCCACAGGCCUUGUUCAGCGCCUUCUCCUCCAACAAAAACCAGUUGAGAAGUUAUUAGAAGAGCGCUUCUGGUUCCACGUGUCCUCGUUCGAAACACUGAAUGAAGAGGAGUUUGCCAUGUACUGGACAGAUCGCAUGCUCACCCGAUAUCGGAUAUACAGCGCCGGCUUAGUUUCAGUCAUGGACCAGAAAGUGCACAGCCAGCUUGCUCAGGUCUUUGCAACUUACGCACACAAGGACCUUAUACCCGAUACUAUUGCCAAAGCACGAGCGCAGGGUCUAGUCCUCAGCCGCAAAACAAGAAAGAAUGUUACCAAGCUCUCGAGUGUGCUGGAGUCCACGACGCCUCUGGAUAAUACAUCACUAUCUUCAGCUUUGGAGAAAUUCAACAAAAAACAAGGUAUCAACCAUCCAUCUACAGAUUCGCUGGCUGCUGCCAAGCAAUCGAUGCUCGACGACAUGCUUCGCCGAAUCAAGAAACAAAAAGCUUCCGACGGCCCCGUACUCUUCUUAACGCUAGUGAUCUUGCUCUUCGCAAAGCAGUACGAUGGUGUCGUAUAUGCAACGGGAAAGUUCACACCAAAGCUGUUGAAGUUAUUGAAAGGCAAGCUGGAGUAUGAGCAGUAUGAGCAGCUUGAGAGAUGGAAGGAAGCUGCCAAGGCCAAUACCUUGAGCGCGGAGGAUAGGGAGGGUAUGGCCAGGAUGGCAGCGACGUGA